UCCGGCCUGAUGAACGACAACAUAGCUGUAGUCUCAAAGACGAAGAGGAGAAGCCGCUACAAGCGACGGAUUUAAUGCUGUGGCUUUCUGAGACUCAGCUGUAAUCUACUAUGCUCUAACUAAUCACUAAUUUAUAUCCCAAGAGUUGGCAGUCGGACAGACAUGGCAUCUGUUUACUGAACUGCUCCGUCUUCAGCCGCUGCUAGCACCAAACAUUGGUGUGCGUCUUCCCAGUGAUUGAGACAGACCCACUGUCACCAUGGAAACAGAGACAGAAGUUAUUCCUAUCUGGCAGAAUAAGCCUCAUGGAUCCACCCGUAGUGUUGUGAGAAGAAUAGGUUCUACUCUCCCACUCAGACCUCCACAAAGGGCAUGUUUCCAGGAACUACCUGGCCUUCCCUCUCUUCGGCCUAUGGACGGUCCUAUGGUUCCUACCUUGGCAGACAUUGCCUGGAUUGUUGCAGAUGAAGAGGAGACAUAUGCUAGAGUGCGGAGUGACACACGUCCUCUAAAACAUGAGUGGCGGCCCACACCUCUCCUGGUGCUCCACAGAAACUCAUCUGUGCCCAACUUCCGCCGUGAAGGCAAAAGGGUGGAGGGGCUCAGGAAGCCCGGAGUCACAGCUCUAAAUCGUACCACAGCCCUGCAGGAUGAGCUCAGCAGACUCCGUGCACAGAUUGCCAAGAUUGUGGCAAGUGAUUCUGGCUCCAACCCCCUGACUCCUGAUCUGCUCUCCCCUGACGACACAAGUAUGAGCUUCUCCAUGGCGCCUUUCGAGACAGUGUCCUACCAGCCGGCUGCCACGGCUGCUGCUUCCUUUGUCAUCAGUGAUGUCACAGAGGAAGAGGAAGAGGAGGAAGAUGAGAAAGAUGUCGUCUCUGCAGUGUCAGAGCUGGUCCCUGACCCUCUGCCGCCUGUUUCCAUGACGGCAUCAGCGACAUUUGACCUGGACAGGCCCAGCAUGGAUUUCCGGGAGGCUGAGGAGGAUACAGUGUCGCUGUCAAAGUCCACCAGCUUUGCUGACGUUAUGGACAUCUUGAAGGACAUGAACCGCAUGAAGAUGAGCAAAGACAGGUACAACAGAGGCUGUACGUCCCUGAGAGAGGAGGACUCAGCAACUCUGAUUUCAGAGGCCCUGAAGAAAAAGUUUGUCUUGAAAGAAGAAGACACUGCUGCUGUGAAACGGAAGUAGCCCGAUCACGUGUUUAUCAUCACUACACGAUCCUGCCGUUCCAUGCCUUUGCCUGUGGAAUAUGUACCCAUGGAUCCACAACCCUUGCUCCUCAGACCCAAGGCAAUAGCUGUCUGCCAGAGUUAGAACAAAAAAACACUUUGUCCCAGACAUUCAAAACCAAAUGUGAACUUCACAGUGCUGGUGCAGUGUGAGGGGGAACGGCCUACUCUUGAUAACAAUAAUCAGUUUCAGCACUGCGUCGCAUAUUGCAUUCAGUGUAUUUCUCUCUGGAAAAAAGGCUUUUAUGUUCAAAUUUAUUUUCAAUAAGGACUCAACAGACUGGUGCCAGUGCUGUUCAGUAACACGGUCAACAUACAUCUGGGGUGACAUCCAAACCCUUCUGACAAUGUUUUUGGACUCAAAUUGUGGAAUGUCCCUUUAAGGAGCAUUUUAUCCAUCCUGCUAUGAAAGGAGUCCUACUGAGUUUUUUUUUUCUUUUGAAUUUUCCAUAGAAGAGAUGCAAAUAAAUGUUUUUUUUUUCAGUUUUGUAAAGAAUUCCUCUAACAUACUUGAAAACAUUUUUGAGAUGAAACAGAUCUAGUGUACAUGCGGAGAUGUACUGUGGCUAAUCAACAGCGUGUGUGUGUGUGGGGGGGGGGGAUAAGUUCAGAUCUUUGCUGUUAAUAUUUCAGUACUGAGUUUGCAAAUGUGCACAGCAUCAUGUAUGUUGCUUGCUCCACUGCGCCUCUUAUGCCUGUCCUCAUGUUUGUGAUUAGCAUAUAGUUUGGUAGUCACUGAACCACAGGACACUGGCCCAUACUGAAACACACUGAUCAUAUAGUUUGAAGAGUGAACUGUGUGGUGUAUAAAACAAAGGAUGUGUGUGAGUGAAAUGUGCACCCACUGUUUGCAGCUGUUUGCGUUUCCUCUUAAGGCAACAACAAAUACAAGCUUGUACCUGUUGUUUACAUACUAAUUUCCGUGUGUGUAAAAUGUGAUAAUUGGUAGAUGAAACCACUUUUAUGAUGGUUCUUACUCAUGACAUCAAACAGGUGAUUUCAGUUGGGAGACAACUGACUGUGAGAUGUGUAAAGGGUCCUUUUACAUCAAUCUGUAUGCAGAGUUUUGACAAGACCAUAAGUAAAAUGCUUGUGUGUGUGUGUCACAAUUAAUAUUCUUGUUGACGCCUUACCACAGAUCUAUUGCCUGUUCCAAUGCCUGAUUUAUUCCCUUAUUAGCUCAAAGUGCCAUGGGUUUGUUUUAAUCAGCCCACCCUUCAACGCCUGCCCAUUGUUUUUCCUGAAUGUGCCCUUCAUCCUCAGCUUUCCCCAUGUCUUCAUCCAACAAACAUACAAUGAACAAUUAAGUUAAGAACCAGCUGUAUAUGUUACAAAUAACCACUCAUAAGAAAAUACUUCCUGUUUGUCACAUUUACUUACACUCAUAUCACUCCUACUAUGUUUUUCAUCUGUCAUAUUUAUGCCUACAUGACCAGGAGUCCUAUAGUGUAGUUUUACAGUGUGAAAAUAUGUUACUGUGUUUGGAUUGAACAAGAACAUGCCCGUCUGUGUGUCAUUGUAUGCAGUGGAGUUUAAGUAUGUUUUGUCUUGCUUGAACUGGUCCUCAAUGAGUCUCUGGUAAUAUUUCUAACUAGUUAAUUUCCUCAAUGGUCAAAGUGAUGAGGUGUAAACCAAUAAGCUGAAAUACUGUAUGCAAGUUUAAGUAUAUUCAUUGUAUGUCUGUGCUUGAGAUGACAAAUCUUACUCAGCAAACUCUACCAACUGAUAAUAAAUUGAAGGGAAAAUUUAGUUAAUGAAGAUUUUCCACAGAAUUUAUUGACUUUGUUUUGAAUUUUGACUGUUUCCGUGUGCUUGUUUGAGAGUUUUUCACUGUUGUAUCUCUGUGCAGGGUUGAGCCAAUCACCACCACCACCAACACCUGUAUGUUUAUUUUUUGUCAUGUACGGACUUGUUAAUAAAGAUGGGCUGAUGUUUUGA